AUGGCUAUCACUGCGCAUUUCGUUAACGAGAAUUUUGAACUUUGCAACGUCUUGCUUGAUUGUUCCUCAAUGAGUGAGGCAAAUACAUCUAAAAAUUUAGCUGCACAACUACAAAAAGUUAUGGAUGAAUGGGGUGUGUCUGAAAAUAUAUUGCUUGCAGUAUCCGACAAUGCCAGCAAUAUUAAAAAUUCAAUACAGAACGAACUUAAAUGGCGGCAUCUAAGUAGUUUUGCGCACACGCUAAACUUAAUAGUAAAAAAUAGUUUAAAUGGUCAGAUUGUCAGUUCAACAUUGCAAAAAGUGAAACAAAUUGUCGCUUACUUCCGCAAAAGCACUGGUACUAAUGAAAAAUUCAUUGCAUUUCAACGUAAUGCUGGCACCGAACCACUUAAACUUAUUCAGAGUGUAGAGACUCGAUGGAAUUCAACUCUAUACAUGGUUGAGCGGUUUAUUAAAGACGAAGAUGCUGUCAAAAGCACUCUGGCCUUCAUUGAUAAAGAAUUGCCGAAAAUUACCUUUUGA